AUGACGAGAAUUGCACUCCUCGGCUCCACAGGCCAGGUUGGUCAUUUCAUCCUCAUGGCUCUUCUCACCACGACUUCCCAUGAGGUAGUUCAACUCGUUCAACCGGCUUCCGAAACCAAGGCAAGAUCUAUAAAUAUAUCUGCCGAGCAAAAGCAAAGACUCCGAACGGUUCCUGUGGAUCUCUUGGUCGCCGAUACAGAUGAGUUGGCAUCUAUUCUGAACGGUGUGGAAGUGGUCGUUAGUGCAGUGAAUGGGAAAGCUCUCUCUGCUCAAGAGAAGGUCCAGACAGCCGCAGGAAUGGCUGGGGUGAGGAGAUUUUAUCCUAGCGAGUAUGGGAUGCACCAUGUUUACACCGGGGAAGACGGCUAUGGAUAUGUGCACCCAGUGAGUGCUCUCUAUUUUACCCGCUCGGCAUGGAUCAUAAAGUCCGAGGCCAACGAGAAAGUGAUCCACCAUCCAGCUAUAGUCUCAGGGAAAAUGACCUACACCCUGAUCGGUUGCGGGGACCUCUACAAUCAAGAACGUGAAGCCCUUUGGUGUCCGUGGACGCAGGCCGAUCUUCCAUCGUACACGAUUCACAUCCUGGGCAAUCCUGACGCCAAGGUUGACUUUACACACAUUGGUGAUCUAGCCAACUUCCUGGUCAAAACCAUAGAUCAUCCGGAAGUCUCGGAGAACAAAGAGCUGAAUUUCGUUAGCGACCAUAUUAGCUAUAACGAGAUUGCGGCCCUGUUGGAGAGAUACUCCCGCAGGAAGGUUGAGAAGAUACUAAUGCCAAUACAGGUUAUGCAUCGUGUUUUUCAGAACAAGGAAGACGUCCCGGAGGAUCUCAAGGGGAAGGGUGCGUUUCCCGAUGACUUCUGGAUUGUGGUGAAAGGAAUGCAAGGAUCAGGUAGAUUUUGGAGGCCGCCGGGGCAGGUACAUAAUGAUUUGUUUCCUGAUGUGAAGACGAUGGCGUUUGAGCAGUAUUUCCAGAAUAUUUGUGGAUCUUGA